GAUAAACUGUGUUACAGGCGGUGCAGAGCUGCUGGAGUCUGGUCCAGUGUAGUGAAGAGUCUUCAGAGGAGGAAACUCCGCCACCCGUCCGUCCAUCAUGGCGGACAUCAAGAACUUCCUUUAUGCCUGGUGUGGAAAGAAGAAGCUGACUCCCAGCUACGACAUCCGAGCUGCAGGCAACAAAAACCGCCCCAAGUUCAUGUGUGAGGUCCGGGUUGACACCUAUAACUACACUGGGAUGGGAAACUCCACCAAUAAGAAAGACGCUCAGACCAACGCGGCCCGAGACUUCGUCAACUAUCUGGUCAGACUGGGAGAGAUCAGUGCUGCAGAAGUCCCAGCAGCCGGGCCUGGUCUCCCAGAAUGUGAUCAGCCUGAUGGAGGAGGAGGAAACGGAGGAAACGGAGGCUUCGGUAACCUUCCUGCCAGCGGUCCUCUGCCUCCUCACCUGGUAGUGAAGAGUGAGAAAGAGGACAGCAGCUUCGGGCCGGUUCCAGGAGUGACUGGGUUAGGUUACUCUGGAGGAGGAAGAGGAGGAGGAGGAGGAGCAGGAGGAGCAGCAGGAGCAGGAGGAGGUCAGUGGGAGCGAGGAGCCAACCUGCAGGAGUACUACGCCAAGAGAGACGAGCAGGAAGCUCAGGCGACUCUGGAGUCGGAGGAAGUCGACCUGAACGCUAACCUGCACGGUAACUGGACGCUGGAGAACGCCAAAGCUCGUCUGAACCAGUUCUUCCAGAAGGAGAAAACCAGCGCUGAGUAUAAAUACAGCCAAGUGGGACCGGACCACAACAGGAGUUUCAUAGCAGAGAUGCAGCUGUUUGUGAGGCAGCUCGGCAGAAGAGUCACGGCUCGAGAACACGGCUCCAACAAGAAGCUGGCGGCUCAGUCGUGCGCUCUGUCUCUGGUCCGACAGCUGUACCACCUGGCCGUCAUCGAGGCGUACUCCGGCAUCACCAAGAAGAAGGAGGGAGAGACUCUGGAGGCGUUCGAGGUCAACGUUUGUCCGGAGCUUCAACAGAAGCUUUCUGCUGUCGUCCAGGAGCUCGGAGUCACCGUCCCCUUACCUCCUCAGGACGCCAGCAGUCCGGUUUCUCUGCUUCAGGGGAAGAUCGCGACGUUCGAGCCGUCUCAGCGUCAGACGGGAGCCGGCGUGAUUCCCUGGUCGCCUCCGCAGGUCAACUGGAACCCUUGGACCAGCAGCAACAUCGACGAGGGACCGCUGGCCUUCUGCACUCCGGAGCAGAUCAGCAGUGAGCUUCAUGACGAGCUGAUGUACCAGCUGGAGCACGACGACAACCUGCAGAAGAUGCUGUCGGCUCGCGAGCAGCUGCCCGUCAAACAGUUUGAGGAGGAGAUCAUGGCGGCCGUCGACUCCAGCCCGGUGGUGAUCAUCAGAGGAGCGACGGGCUGCGGGAAAACCACCCAGGUGCCCCAGUACAUCCUGGACCGCUUCAUCAAGGAGGGCCGAGCGUCCGACUGCAACAUCGUGGUCACCCAGCCCAGACGGAUCAGCGCUGUGUCGGUGGCUGAGCGAGUCGCUCUGGAGAGAGGCGAGGAUCUGGGGAAGAGCUGCGGCUACAGCGUUCGCUUCGAGUCCGUCCUCCCUCGUCCUCACGCCAGCAUCAUGUUCUGCACCGUCGGUGUGCUGCUGAGGAAGCUGGAAGCGGGAAUCAGAGGCAUCAGCCACGUUAUCGUCGAUGAGAUCCACGAGAGAGACAUCAACACGGACUUCCUCAUGGUUGUGCUCAGAGACGUAGUCCAGACUUACCCAGACGUCCGGAUCCUCCUCAUGUCGGCCACCAUCGACACCUCCAUGUUCAGAGAGUACUUCUUCAACUGUCCCAUCAUCGAGGUGUUCGGACGCACCUUCUCUGUGCAAGAGUACUUCCUGGAGGAUUGCAUCCAGAUGACAAACUUCAUCCCUCCGCCGAUGGACCGAAAGAAGAAAGACAAAGACGAGGACGGAGGAGACGAAGACACUAACUGUAAUGUGAUCUGUGGCUCGGAGUAUUCAGCAGAGACGAAGCGUUCCAUGUCUCAGAUCAAUGAGAAGGAAAUGUCCUUCGAGCUCGUUGAAGCUCUGCUGAAAUACAUCGAGACGCUGCAGGUCGCCGGCGCCGUGCUCGUCUUCCUGCCGGGAUGGAACCUGAUCUACUCCAUGCAGAGACACCUGGAGACCAACCCGCACUUCUCGAGUAACCGGUACCGGAUCCUACCGCUGCACUCUCAGAUCCCCCGAGAGGAGCAGAGGAUGGUGUUUGAUCCGGUUCCAGACGACGUCAGGAAGGUCAUUCUGUCCACAAACAUCGCAGAGACGAGCAUCACCAUCAACGACGUCGUCUACGUCAUCGACUCCUGCAAGCAGAAGGUGAAACUCUUCACGUCUCAUAACAACAUGACUAACUACGCCACGGUGUGGGCGUCUAAGACCAACCUGGAGCAGAGGAAAGGACGAGCUGGACGAGUCCGACCUGGAUUCUGCUUCCACCUCUGCAGCCGAGCUCGAUUCGAGAGGCUGGAGACUCACAUGACUCCAGAGAUCUUCAGGACUCCGCUGCAUGAAGUCGCUUUGAGCAUCAAACUGCUGAGACUCGGCGCCAUCGGACACUUCCUGUCCAAAGCCAUCGAGCCGCCACCGCUGGACGCUGUCAUCGAGGCCGAACACACUCUGAGAGAGUUGGAUGCUCUGGACUCUAACGAUGAGCUGACUCCUCUGGGUCGUAUCUUGGCUCGGCUGCCCAUCGAGCCUCGUCUGGGGAAGAUGAUGAUCAUGGGCUGCAUCUUCCAUGUCGGAGAUGCCAUGUGCACCAUCUCUGCUGCUACCUGUUUCCAGGAGCCGUUCAUCAGCGAAGGGAAACGUCUCGGCUUCGUCCACAGAAACUUCGCCGGCAGUCGUUUCUCUGAUCACGUGGCGCUGCUGUCUGUCUUCCAGGCGUGGGACGAUGUCAGGAUUAACGGUGAGGAGGCAGAGAGUCGUUUCUGUGAACACAAACGUCUCAACAUGUCGACUCUCAGGAUGACCUGGGAGGCCAAAGUCCAGCUGAAGGAGAUCCUGAUCAACGCUGGAUUUCCUGAAGAGAGUCUGAUGACUCAGAUGUUCAACACGGUCGGACCAGACAACAACCUGGACGUGGUGGUUUCUCUGCUGACUUUCGGCUCGUACCCCAACGUGUGCUACCACAAAGAGAAGAGGAAGAUCCUGACCACCGAGGGACGCAACGCCCUCAUCCACAAAUCCUCCGUCAACUGUCCGUUCAGCAGCCACGACAUGACGUACCCGUCUCCGUUCUUCGUCUUCAGUGAGAAGAUUCGAACCAGAGCGAUCUCGGCUAAAGGGAUGACUCUGGUGAGUCCUCUGCAGCUGCUGCUGUUCGCCUGUAAGAAGGUCAACUCCACCGGAGACAUGGUGGAGCUCGAUGACUGGAUCAAACUGAAGAUCCCCCACGAGGUGGCGGGAGGCAUCAUGGCUCUGCGGGCCGGUCUGGAGGGUCUGGUGGUGGAAGUGACCAAAGACCCCGAAUAUGUCCGACAGAUGGAUCCGACCAACGAACACCUGCUCAACCUCAUCAGACAAAUCUCCAAACCGUCAGCAGCUGGAAUCAACAUGAUGGCCAACAACCAGAGGAUGGGAGACGGUCCUCGACCUCCAAAGAUGGGACGCUUUGACGGAGGAGGAGGAGGAGGAGGAUACAGAGGUGGAGGAUAUGGAGGAGGAGGUGGAGGAUACCGAGGAGGGGGAGGAGGAGGAUACAGAGGAGGUGGAGGUUAUGGAGGUGGAGGUUAUAGAGGAGGAGGAGGCUAUAGAGGAGGUGGAGGUUACGGAGGAGGAGGAGGAGGAUACAGAGGUGGAGGUGGAGGUGGAUACAGGGGAGGUGGAGGAGGAUAUGGAGGAGGUGGAGGAGGAGGAUAUGGAGGAGGUGGAGGAGGAGGAUACCGAGGAGGAGGGGGAGGGGGAGGGGGAGGAGGAGGAGGAUACAGAGGAGGUUAUUAACAUGAUGACAUCAUCAACAUUCACUCAUUUAUAAAAGUUAACAGCAGAAUAAUCUCACGAGCUGUGGAUUUUCUUUAAUUAUGAGGAAUAAAGUUUCAAAACAUGUUUAAUAAUCACGUGAAUCUGGAAAAAUGUGAUUUUUCUUCUGUACUUGUUUCAUUAGAAAUGUGUUUUUUGAUUGUAAUGUUUAUUUUAAUGUUUUGUCCCCAAUAAAACUUUGA